GAUGCAUUGAUCAGCGUUUUACACCAUGUCUGCCAGCAUGAGUCCUGACAGUGACACCAGGAAGGAGGUUAUCUCUACCUACCACGACCAUCCCAGAUUCAUUUGCGCAAGCUGUUCAGCGGUGCUGGCGUUGCAGGACGAGCUUAUUAGCAAGUCAUUCUCAGGCAGAGAAGGCAGAGGCUUUCUCAUGCACUCAGCGAUCAAUGUGAAGCUGGGAAAGAAAGAAGACCGCCCACUUCUCACAGGUGUCCACACCGUUGCUGACAUCUUCUGCAUGGGGUGCAAUGAUCGUGUUGGAUGGUACUAUCAUAAGGCAGCCGAUUUAUCUCAGAAAUAUAAGGAAGGAAAGUACCUUCUUGAACGCGAGAAAAUUGUGAAGGAGAAUAACUGGAAGUUGGAUGAAUGAUUUACGACCUAUUGCAAGCAUUUCUACUACAGUUUGUAUAAUGGGCCAUGCUGAUAGAAGAUAUACUCUAUACAUCAAGCACGCCGCUCGGUGUCAAUUGCCUUUGUUGUACGUGCCAUUGAUAUAUCAACUUCUGUUUGCUUAUGGCUCUUUGCUACACACAUCACUAGAACUACCUGCUUUGGAACUGCUUCGACUCAUAUUACUAUCAUCCGCAGAAAGUGCGUCCAGAGGUCGUGUGUCUUGUUCGCAGCAUCUCCGUCAUCAAGGCCAUCUCACUUGGUAGGGUCGGCUGCGUGUUCCGCCGCAGAUUGACAGUCACAUUGACUUCGACUGCUCACGGGUGAGAGGUCGUGAGAGGCGAUCACGCCAGCUCCCUAACCGAGUUGACGCUGGAUCCCUGCCCAACCAGGAUUAUGAUAAUCUGGGCGGAGUAGUUAAUGACACCAGGUGAUCAGGGACAGAUGGACCGUGACUAGAUGG